UGGGGCGGGCUCGCACCCCGAGGAGCCGUGGGCCUCCUUGCGUCCAGGCCUUUGAUGGAGCCGCUGUCCCCUCCCCGGCCCGGGGUCCGUAUAACUACAGACGCGCGGGGGUCCCGGGAGGCGUCCAGGAGCCAUGGCCGUAGCCGAGUCCCAGCACCUCCAGUUCGCAGACACCGCCGCCUUCCCCACAUUCCCUGCCGAGCACGUCGGAGGUCCGCUGCUGCUCCCCGCGCCCCCCGCCGACCCGGGCUCCCGCGCUCCCACUGCCCCACCCUGCUUCCCGAGCCGGGGCCUCCAGCCCGCAGCGCCGCCUCCAGUCGAACUGGUCCCUCCCGGGCUUCCCAAGGGCGCGGCCGCCCCGUCGGCGCCACAGCGCCGCAAGCGCACGUCGUUCAGCUCCGAGCAGCUGCAGCUGCUGGAGCUCGUCUUCCGCCAGACCAUGUACCCGGAUAUCCACCUGCGGGAACGCCUGGCAGCGCUCACGCUGCUCCCGGAGUCCAGGAUCCAGGUGUGGUUCCAGAACAGGCGUGCCAAGUCACGGCGGCAGAGUGGAAAGUCUUUUCAGCCUUCAUCAUCCAGGCCAGAGCUUUUACUCCAUCGCUCUGCUCCUGGGGCUGAAGUAAGAUGUCUGAAGCCCCAGCUGCCUCUGGAGAGCAAUAUGAACUGCCAGUCUGAUCCCAGCAGGGCUGGAGGGGCUGUCUCUGCAUCUAGUUCCCAAGGUCAGAAUUUUGAAACCUAUUCUCCUGUCUCAGAAGAUAUUGGUUCAAAGUUGGACUCAUGGGAGGAGCACAUCUUUUCUGCCUUUGGUAACUUUUGAGGAUUCUGAGAGUUCAGGAUAAGCUCAGAGGAGCCUGGGAGAUACACACCAGAAUACUGUCUUGUCUGAUAUCCAUGACUGGCCAACACCUUGCUAACCUUGAUGGUUUGGGGUCAUCUCUCAUCUAAAGGUUU